AUAUUCAUAACGCGAUCAGCAGCCCCAACUGGAUAAUUAAAAGAAUUUAAGAUUUAACCAAAUCGCAGAAACCAACAACACCCCGCAAUUAAGGAUCUAAGCACGCUUAGCGUUAAUCUUAGGAAAAGAUAAAUGCACAACUUGCCCAGUUGCCACUAAUUUCCGUGCCGCCGGACCAACACACUAUCGGUAUAAGUUCAGCCCUCUUUUUCUUCAGAAAAAUCAACCUCCACUAAUUCAAACCGAUAAAAAAAAAAAAAAAACAAAAGCUAUGGCGGCGACGGAAGAACCAGCCUACGAUCGCCUCGCCGAUCUCAUAGCAUUCGACGAGACGAAAGCCGGAGUGAAAGGCCUCGUAGACGCCGGAGUCACGGAGCUCCCUCGGAUCUUCCGCACUCCGCCCCACCUCGUCGACGACAGGCCGUCCGCUCCGGCCGCCGGCGGCGACCCUGUCUUCGUUUUCCCGAUCAUCGACCUCCAAGGCGCAGCGAUAGAUCCCGUAAAGCGAAGGGAGAUCGUCGAGCAAGUCAGAGAUGCGUCGGCGAAUUGGGGGUUCUUCGAAGUGGUCAACCACGGGAUCCCGAUUGGCGUGGUGGAGGAGAUGAAGGCCGGAGUCCAUAGGUUUCACGAGAUGGAAGCGGAGCAGAGGAAGCAAUUCUUCGGGCGGGGAUCCGACAAGAAGUUCGUCUAUAAUAGUAAUUUUGACCUAUUCAGCGGGGCGCCGGUGACGAAUUGGAGGGAUUCCACCAUUUAUCAGGCGGCGCCGGACCCACCGGAGGAGCACGAGUUGCCGGACUGCUACAGGGGAAUUCUGGGUGAGUAUUCAGGGGAAGUGAUGAAGCUAGGCCUCCUGCUCUUUCAGCUGCUGUCGGAAGCUCUGGGUUUGGGCUCCAAUCAUCUGACCGAGAUGGAUUGUGGCAAAGGAUUAGUUGUUGCUGGACAUUACUUUCCACCUUAUGCUCAGCCGGAGCUCGCUAUCGGAAUAAGCAACCACACCGAUUUUGACUUCAUCACCGUGGUGCUACAGGACCACGUCGGAGGGCUCCAGGUCCUCCGUCGGAACCAAUGGGUUGACGUGCCGCCGUUGCCGGAGGGUCUGGUGGUCAACAUCGGAGAUAUGCUCCAGUUGAUGUCUAAUGACAAGUUCAAAAGCGUGGAGCAUAGGGUGUUGAUAAACGGUUCUGAGACCAGAGUGUCAGUGGCGGCUUUCUUUUUCGGCACGGCGUUGAAGCAUCAACGUCUGUAUGGACCUAUAAAAGAGUUGGUAUCGGAGGAGAACCCGCCGAAGUACAGAGAGACGACGUGUAAGGAGUUCAGCGCUGUGUCCUACGAGAAAGGUCUUGAUGGAAACUCGAGGUUGGAUUAUUUCAAGCUCUGAUCAUGGAGUAGGGCUUUUUAACUUGAGAGAUGGGAGAGUACAUGGUGUUUUAGUAAAAUUAUCAGAAAAACAACGUUGAAUCGCGUCGGUUUGGUGAGUCCUUCAGUUAAAUCCAGACAUUGUACCAAAUGUGAACAUUGUACAAUCUAGGUCGAGGAUCGGGUCCAUCCUGUGUGAUCAGGCAUUAUUUUUGUCAAAAUACUCUUAAUAAGUAACGGAUCUUAAAUGGUAGCAACUGCGUCAAUUAAAAAAAAUGAUGACAUAAAAAGACAACGUAAUUUGAAACAUUUUCACAUAACAUGAACGUAAUAUCAGGUAGAAAUCAUAAUAUGAAUGUAAACUUCCACUUAACGGUAAGUAAGGUAGGCCUUUGCGAUUUGAGCAACCAUUCGAUACUUCGUAACUCGAACAUAACAUAGCUUGGGUGUGGCUUCCAGCCUUCCACCUAAUGGGAAGUAAAGUAGUCGCACAUUGCUAGGAAAACGAACAUGUAAGUGAUUCAAAUAUCCUUCUAUCUCUCUUACACAAACAAGUAGUCCUUCCUUUAGCUAGGAAAUAUAAAAGAUUUGAGGGGUUUUAUUCAAUGACUAUUUUUUUUCCAGUGAUUUUGGUUUGAUUUUGAUUGCGUCAGUCGAGAGUUUGCUUCUUCGUUGUAACUAUGUCAUACUAUCGUUUCCUUAGUUUGUUAAAGUAGUGAAGCAAAUAAAAUCCAGUGUUGUCGUGUUGGUGUUAGGAAGUUGUGUGUUCAUUUGCUUAGUUUGUUAGGAUGGAAAUCCGAGAAACUAGUGGAUCCCACCAACAAAGUCAUCAAGACUUCUACUAUCUUGAUUUAUGGGCACCCCCACACAUUGGAAUACAUGAGGUUCUUUACU